AUGUGCUCGAAUAUAAGGAGAUUAAUUGCCCAUAAAGAGGAACUAGGAACAGGGAAAAUAACAAACGGAAAAGAUGAGUUCAUCUUGGUACUAAAUGCAGCAGGAUAUAUACAUAACAAAGACAACAUCGAAAACUUGAUAAUAAGAAAUAGACCGAUAAUAGCAUGCGUGACCGAAACACAUGUAAAAGAGGAAAUAGAGGAUUUUGAAAUAGAAAUACAAAACUACAAUACCGUACGAUGCGAUAGUUAUAGUAGUAGAACAGGGGGAUUGUUAACAUACAUAAAAAAAGAUAUUAAAUAUAAGGUAAUUACGAUAAAAACUGUGGAAAAAAACGCAUGGAUCUGUACAAUAAAGCUAAUGGGGAAAUACGAAGGAAUAAUAAUCUGUAACGUUUAUCAUUCACCGAGUAAGAGUGAUGGAUUAUUUAUCGACGAAAUUAUAAAAGAAUGUGAUAAAAUAGUGGACAUAGGGCAUAUUAUAGUGACGGGAGAUUUUAACAUUGACGUGAGUAAAGAAAACCAAUACUCAAAGAGGUUAAUAGAUAAACUAAAGUGUAUGGGAAUAAAGCAAUAUGUGAGAGACUACACAAGAAUACAAGGGGAAGCCAAAACAAUAAUAGACCUGGUAUUUUCAAAUUUCAAAGUAGAGACAGAAGUGCACAAAACACCAAAAAUUUCGGAUCACCACAUAAUAAGAAUUAACGUAAGGAAAACUAACAAAACGGAUAAUAAUAUAAUAGAAUUUUAUACAAGAGACUUCACAAAUGUUGAUAAUGAAAAUUUUAAAGAGACGAUAGCGAGAGAAAUUGACAGAAAAUGUAACGAGAUGGAUAGUGUAGAUGAAUUCGCAAAUAAUCUAGUACAAUGUAUAGUAGAAAAUAUAGAUAAGAUAGCACCUAUUGUAAAAAAACGAAAAAAGGCGCAAUGGAAUGAUAAACCGUGGAUAGGGGAAGAAGUCCGUGAGGCUAGUAGAAGGAGAGACGAGGCAUAUAAGAGGGCGACAAGAAUGGAAAAUACAAAAGUGGGAGAAGAAUGGUUAGAGUAUAGAAGGUUGAGAAACGAAGCAGUGGCAACGCUCAGAAGAAGUAAAAGAAAAUAUUACGAAGAAAAAAUUGACUCAAGUAUAGAGGAUAUCGUAGGCGGAAAUGAACACGUAAACAUAACUGAAGUAAGAUUGGAAAGACGUGGACAGGAGGAGCCAAAACAUAGCGAAUUCAGAGAAGUUACACGAGAGGAAGUACGUAAGAUAAUACAAAAUAUGAAAGAUAAGAAGGGAACGGAAGAAGGUAUAACGACGAAAAUAAUAAAAAUGGCAUGGAAUAGCAUAGAAGAAGUUACGGUGAAACUAAUCAAUAAAUCCCUCAGGGACGGCGUUUUUCCGAAUAACUGGAAAACGUCAACAAUCAUACCAAUUCCGAAAAUAACCAAAACAAUAAAAGCAGAAGAAUACAGACCGAUAAAUAUGCUACCACUGUACGAAAGCAUAUUAGAAAAAGCAGCGAAAAAUCAGCUGAUUGAGUACAUUGAAAGAUCUGAUAUAUUAACAGAUGAACAAUCGGGUUUCCGGAGAAAUUAUUCAUGUGAAACGGCACUACAAAAUACGAUAAUAAUAUGGAGAAAAAGCUUAGAUAGAAGUAAAUUGAUUGGAGUGAUUUUCUUGGAUCUAAAAAGGGCAUUCGAAACUAUAAACAGACGGUUAUUAUUACAGAAGCUAGCAAAUUAUGGGAUAAUGGGAACAACAUGGAAAUGGAUUAAAUCGUACCUAGAAAACCGGACACAACAGGUGAAAUAUGGAAACAAAAUGUCAGAAAAAAGGAAAACUAAGUUCGGAGUGCCACAAGGUUCCGUUCUUGGGCCACUACUGUUUAUAUUAUAUAUAAAUGACCUCGCGAGACAACUUGAAUUCUGUCAAUGCAAAAUGUUUGCGGAUGACACAGUUAUAUUCAUAAGUGGUACAAAUACUGAGGAAAUUGAACAGAAACUGAAUCAUGAUUUAGAAAGGGUGGUAAAAUGGAUGAAUAGUAACUCGCUAAAAUUAAAUACAACAAAGACCAAAAGCAUGAUAAUUCACGAUCCAAGAAAACUAGGUAUAGAAAAUAAGUGUAAUUUUAAGAUAGCAGGUAUACAAAUAGAAGAGGUUAGAGAAAUAAAAUAUUUAGGGGUUAUAAUUGAUAAUAAGCUGAGUUUUAAUGCGCAAGCAAUGUUUAUUGUUAAGAAGACAUCUAAGAAAGUAAAUUUUUUAUACAGACUAAAUAGGCACUUAUCGUGUAAUACGCUAAUGACAAUUUAUAAAGCUAUAAUAUCCCCACAUUUCGAGUACUGUAACACGUUAUUAUUAAAUACUAGUGCGGAAUGGAUUGAAAACAUGCAAAAAGUACAAAACAGAGCGAUGCGUGCAAUUCUAAGAUGUGAUCGAUAUACGCGAGUGAGAGACAUGCUAAAUGCAGUUAACUUUUUAACAAUAAGACAAAGACUCAUGUAUAAUGUAUGCCUAUUUGUAUACAAAAUUAUGAGAGGAACAAUGCCGAGAUAUUUAAGAGAACAAAUAAGGAUGGUGGGGGAAACACAUAACUACAAUACGAGACAAAAGAAAAACAUAAACAUUGAGUACCGAAAGACGACUGCCGGACAGAAAUGCGUAACAUAUACUGGUUUUGAGAUGUAUAAUAAACUACCAGCGGAUGUAAAAGAAGCAACAAAUAUAAACGAAUAUAAGAGAAAACUAUUGGAAUACAUAAAAAGAAGGCAGUAA